AUGGGAAGGUCUCCUUGUUGUGAUAAGAGUAAUGUGAAGAAAGGUCCUUGGUCUCCUGAAGAAGAUGCUAAGCUCAAAGAUUAUAUUGAAAAGAAUGGCACUGGUGGGAAUUGGAUCUCUCUCCCUCAAAAAGCUGGUUUGAAGAGAUGUGGGAAGAGUUGCAGGUUGAGAUGGCUUAACUAUUUGAGGCCUAACAUUAAACAUGGAGGAUUCACUGAUGAGGAAGAUAGAAUAAUUUAUACUCUCUUUUCCACAAUUGGAAGCAGGUGGUCGAUAAUUGCGACACAAUUACCAGGAAGAACAGACAACGAUAUAAAGAACCAUUGGAAUAGCAAGCUAAAGAGGAAGCUUAUAGGAAUGGAGAAGAAAGCCCAAAUGACCACCACCAUCACCACCACACCAUCUUAUUCUCGUAAUCAUGAACAAAUAUUUUCAUCAUUUUCAUCUCAACCACUCUCAUCCCUGAACUACACAGAUAACUUGAAUGAUAUCAAUUAUUACAACAACAACCUCUCCCCUCCUUCAACAAUAACAAUGAAAAGCUUUGAAAAUCUCAUUUCAUCAAAUAUCCCAUCAAAUUGGUCAAACUUCCAAAUUACAAACAACAACAACAACAAUAUUAUUAGCCCUUGUCUUGUCCAAACACAAGAAACCAACAACAACAACUUAUUGAGUGGUAAUUCUUUGAUGUAUAAUCAUAAUUAUCCAUUAGUACAAAUGAAAGAAAGCUGCUUAUUAGGGUUUGGAAGUGAAGCCAGUUGCAGUUCAAGUACUUCUGAUGGAAGCUACACUCAAAUCAACUCUUCAGGAAUAAUGGGGUUUCAGAAUAAUAAUAAUAAUAAUAAUAAUAAUAACCCUAAUUAUUAUUAUUAUUAUUAUUCUGAUAAUGUUAUGAAUAAUCAUCAACCAGCUGCUUUCAUGGAGGAUGAAAACAAGACAUUACUAGAAAAAUUCAUGUACUUUAACUGA